GUUUCAGAUUCAUAACAAAAUCCCUUCUUCUCCUCUCUGCUCCGUCCCCAUAUAUCUUCUCAACCCUAACUUUUCUUUGACCUUCCCAAACAGAGUUCACUCUGUUAAAUAAUGGUUUCACAAACUCAAUCCAACAACAAUGCCUCAGAAACUGUUAAAUUUCUUUGCAGUUACGGAGGCAAUAUUCUUCCCCGUUCUUCCGAUGGCAAGCUCCGUUACGUCGGCGGACUUACAAGAGUUCUCUCUGUUGAUCGUUCUAUUUCAUUUACAGAAUUGAUGGUGAAGCUCGUUGAAUUUUGCGGAUUUUCGGUAAACUUGAGGUGUCAGUUACCCAACGGCGAUUUAGAUUUUUUAAUUUCGAUAAAGUCGGAUGAGGAUUUAACGAAUAUAAUCACUGAGUACGCUGAAGCGGCGUUGAUUUCUAAAUCUGCACCGUCUAAGAUCCGCGCGAUCCUUUCACCGCCAAAGUCGCUCAAGAAAAUCUCUCCUCCGCCGUCGAAAACUUCCAGCAUCAAUCUGUCGUCGUCAAAAUCGUCCAGCUCAAAUUCUCCGGUGAAAGCCAGAUUAUGUCGCCGGAGUUUCUCUCCGGAACCAUCGAUGGAAUAUUCCGUCAGAGGAUGCUACAGUUGCUACCUUCAACAAUAUGCUAGGGUUUUCUUCAACGCUCCCUGCUAUAAUUGCUUGCGUUGAAAUUUAAACGAGCGAGUCCAGAACGGAGGAAUCUGCCGGACGUUUAUACUGUAAAAAGACGUACAUACGAUACAGAUGAUGGCGAUUAAGUAGAAUUAUUUUACAUAAAAGUUGAUUAGCCGAAUUUUUGCUAUUUUUUUUUCUGAUGCCUUUGGAUAGCUAAGUGAGAUUUGAGAAUUAAUUUGUUCAAAUUGAUAAAUUUUGAGAGUAUUGUUUUC